UUAGUCAGCAGACAGUCUCCUCCAACCACAUUAAGAAUAACUGCAGAUUCUUAGUGCUGAACAGUAACUUCUUCCAAAAUGCUGCAUGUGAUUGUUGUUCUCGCUGGACUUUGCACAAUGGGCAUGGCUAUGCCUUUACCUGAUUUUUACUCGUACUCACCUGAAGCUGGUGGUGGCACUGGAGUGAUGUAUUCCACUGCACAUGAGGGCCACAUCACUGGAAUCAGAAUCUGGGAGUAUGCUAGUGCAUACAUUGGAGGGAUCCAACUGAGAUAUGAUGGCAACUGGACAGACCUGGUUUGUGUAAAUUCUGGCACUCCCAUGGAAAUGCUGCUAGUUGAGGAUGAAUUCAUCGUUCAGGUCUCUGGAAAGCAUGACUCGGGUUACAUCUUUGAGCUAAUGUUUGUAACUAAUCAUGGGAGAUCUUUUAAAGUGGGGCAGCCUUCAGGCACAUCAUUUCACCUCUUCCCAACACACGAUGGAAGUGAACUACGUUUCCUAAGUGGUCGACAUAAUGGAUGGGGCAUCACGUCCAUCGCGGCCCACUGGGCUGUUUACAGCAGUGACAACAGUGUAACCCCUUGAAGCACAGUCAAGAAAGACAGUUCAGCCUUUUUUCUGCCAACAUAUACAGUGCAUGAUCCACCAUUGUUAAUGCAUUAGUGAGAUUAUUUUUCAACAUGAUAUUUAGCCAAUGAUUUCUUAAUUUUACCCUAUGCUAUGUGUCCUUUGAAAUAAACUUUGUACCACUU